AUGGCAGUAAAGCAAGAUUCGAAAAAGCACGACGAGAAGCGCAAGGGACAAAUCCCUGGGCCAAAGGGCCUUCCGAUCAUCGGUAGCCUCCUCGACAUCGACCUCACAAACUCUCUGCAAUCGGUAAUUAACAUGGCUAAAGAUUAUCCAAAUCUCUUCUCGCUAAAUGUCGGAGGAAACACAGAGGUCAUGAUCUGCAGCCGCGAGCUCUUGGACGAAUUAUCUGACGAGUCACGGUUUCACAAGCUUGUUGUUGGUGGUGUUGAGAAGCUACGGCCUCUGGCUGGCGAUGGCCUCUUCUCAGCGCAACAUAAUAACCAGGAAUGGGCCAUCGCACAUCGAAUCCUCAUGCCACUGUUCGGGCCUCUAACGAUCAGAGAGAUGUUUCCAGACAUGCGAGAAAUCUCAGAACAGCUUUGUCUAAAAUGGGCGCGAGCAGGUUCCUCAGCUACCAUCGACGUCGGAAACGACUUCACACGACUGACACUCGACACCAUCGCGCUAUGCACAAUGGGCUUCCGCUUCAAUAGCUUCUACAGCAACGACAAGAUGCACCCUUUUGUCGAGAGCAUGGUCGCAGCUCUCAUCGAUGCCGAAAAGCAAUCCUUCUUUCCCGACGUCGUGCAAUCACUAAGAAUACGAGCCCAAUCCCAUUUCAAGAAGCGCGCUGCUGUGAUGAAGAGCACGUGUCAGGACAUUCUCGACCAGCGACGGAAGAAUCCUGUUGAGGGUAAAGAUCUCCUGAAUGCUAUGAUGAGUGGCAAAGAUCCCAAGACUGGGAUGGGCAUGAGUGAUGGCAAUAUCGUCGACAACCUCAUCACUUUCCUCAUUGCGGGCCAUGAGACUACCUCUGGGCUCUUGUCGUUUGCAUUCUACUACCUCCUCGAGAACCCCGAGAAGCUACAGAAGGCUCGCGAGGAGGUCGACGAGGUAUUGGGCGAUGAGAACAUCACAGCCGACCACCUCCCCAAGAUGCCCUACAUCAACAUGAUCUUCCGCGAGACUCUUCGUCUGAUGCCCACAGCACCAGGGUUCUACGUCACGCCUUUCAAAGACGAAGUAAUCGGCGGCCAAUACAACGUCUCCGCAGGCGAUCCCCUGUUCCUCUUCCUCCACAUGAUCCACCGCGAUCCUGAAGUUUGGGGCCCUGAUGCCGAGGAGUUCAGGCCUGAGAGGAUGGCGGACGAGCACUUUAACAAACUCCCCAAGAACGCUUGGAAGCCUUUUGGAAAUGGUAUGAGAGGCUGUAUCGGUAGAGAGUUUGCCUGGCAGGAAGCUCAAAUCGUUACAAUCAUGCUUCUCCAGAACUUUGAUAUGGUCAAGGCCGACCCUAACUAUAAGCUCAAGAUCAAGCAGUCGCUCACCAUCAAACCUGACGGUUUCAACAUGAAGGUCAAGCUCCGAGAGGGACGUGACUUGACCAACCUCUUCAAGAACCCCAGUCUCGCUAGUUCCAAGCAGCCCAGUCUCUCCAGUCGCAAGAACCUCAACAUCUCACAGAAGGACCUGAAGCCAAUUUCCAUCUUCUACGGGUCCAACACUGGAACUUGUGAGGCUUUGGCGGAGCGGCUAUCGGCGGAUUGUGCGACAUUCGGAUUCAUGCCUUCCAAGCCUCUGCCGCUUGAUGACGCUACGAAGAACCUGUCCAAGGAUGGACCGAAUAUCAUCUUGGCUGCUUCCUACGAUGGAAAGCCUUCUGAUAAUGCGACUGAGUUUACCAAGUGGGCUGAGGCGCUGCAGCCCGGGGAGCUAGAGGGCACUCAGUUUGCUGUCUUUGGAUGCGGCCACAAGGACUGGGUUUCGACCUUGUAUCGCAUUCCAAAGGUUCUCGAUAAGUGCUUAGCAGACGCUGGCGCCGAUCGUCUCGUUGAAAUUGGUCUCACCGACGCUAGCACUGGCCGUUUAUACCCCGACUUCGACGACUGGGCACACAGCAAGCUCUUCCCCGAACUCGCCAGCCGCCACGGUAUCACUCUUGACCACGAGCCUGACUCUCUCGAACUCAGCGUCACUAUCAACCAGUCCCAGCGGAACGAUAUCGGAGGGAACUUCAAGAGGGCCGAGGUCGUGGAGAAUACUCUUCUCACUAGCCCUGGUGUUCCUCGAAAGUGCAGUCUACUCCUCAAGUUACCGAAGGAUAUGGCGUACACUCCUGGCGAUCAUGUCUUGGUUCUGCCUAAGAAUCCGCCUCAGCUUGUUGAUCGGGUCAUGACUUGCUUUGGUGUAGAUGAUGAUACUGUCUUGACUGUGUCGUCACAACGACCGACUUUCCUUCCGACUGGCACUCCCGUCCUUGCUUCGAACCUCUUCAGCACACUUGUUGAACUGUCCCAGACAGUCAGCCGCACCAGCCUCAAGAGACUUGUGGACUUUGCAGGCAAUGAUGAGACCAAGGCUGAAAUCCAGAGUCUCACUGGUGAUAGGUACGUUGCCGAGAUCGACCAACAACGGAUGUCCAUCCUCGACAUCCUCCACAAGUACCCCUCCAUCAACAUGCCACUGUCAACCUUCCUCUCCAUGCUUCCCCAGAUGCGUCCCCGCACGUACUCCUUCGCCUCAACACCAGAGUGGAAGCCCGGCCACGGCUCACUUCUCUUCUCCGUCGUUGAAGCCACUGAAGCCAGUGGAUCAGCGCUUGCACGCCCAGGUGGAUUGGCUACCAACUACAUGGCUCAGCUUCGUCCCGGCGACUCUGUUCUUGUGGAGCCUCGACCUUGUGGAGUUGAGCUGCGGACUGCCAUGACUGCUGAGCUCAACGUUCCUGUCGUCAUGAUCGCUGUGGGCGCCGGCCUCGCUCCUUUCUUGGGAUUCAUGCAGAAGCGAUACCUACAGGCUCAGAACUCAGGCCACUUGUCCAAUUCCCCCUGUACACUCUUCUUUGGAUGUCGCGGCGCAAAAAUGGAUGACAUCUGCCGCGAUACGCUAGAUGAGUACUCCCGCGCAGGUGUUGUAUCAAUCCACCGUGCCUUCAGCCGCGAUUGGGACUCGCCGUACAAGUACGUUCAGCACUUGGUGGCUAAGCACGCUGAUGCCUUGGCGCGACUUUGGGGACAGGGUGCUAUCGUAAUGAUUUGCAGUGGUAAGAAGGUUUCUGACGAUGUGUUUGAUGUUUUGGGCCCUAUUCUUCAUAGCGAGGAUAGAAGGUUGAACACAACCAGGGCGAGUGACUGGAAGACAUGGAGGGAUGGUGUUAGUAAAGAGCGGUUGAUCUUGGAGGUGUUUGGCUAG